GUUCUGAUUUACAUAAUAAAUGUUUAAAUGCAACUUUAAAAGUGAAACAUACAUUUUUAUCGAAGACAAUUUCCCAACAGUCCUGAAUAGAAUUUUCUGCAAAAUAUAUAUUUAAAAAUAUAUAAUUCAAUACAGUUGUGUUUCUAUUUAAAACACACACUCACAAUUUCGUGUCUCUCUUUAUGCUCGUCCCACACGUUUACACACCUCGAGUUGUGGCUACUACAAAAUUAAUAAAUUGAAUUAAUUGGCAUCGCAGUUACCAGAUGACAUCACUCAAACCACUGCAGGAGACAAGACCUCAAGCAGGUCUGGAAACCCCGACCUACACGAAGACGUCAGAUGACACGGACCAGCUGAGAGCGGAGCCGGAAGCGGAGAAGGUGGUGGAGGCUCAAAACGAAGUAAACAAACAGCAGUUAGCUGAACAGGAUGGUCGUGCGGAGGAGAUCCAGGAGCGGAGCGACCAAGGAAAGGGCCUGGGUGACUAUAUUUUCAGUUUUGCAUCCAAUGCUACAAAAAAGAUAUCAGAUUCCAUGGUAGAAACUGCCCAGACCAUCAAAAAGAGCGUGGAAGAAGGCAAAAUAGAUGGAAUCAUAGACAAGACCUUUCUUGGAGACUUCCAGAAGGAGCAGGAAAGAUUUGUACAAGAAAAAAAGGCCAAAAAAUCAGACUCGGCAGUUCCUCCCUGGGUGGGCUACAACGAUGAGGAAACUAUCCAGCAGCAAAUUCUUGCUUUGUCAGCUGAUAAGAGGAACUUCUUGCGGGACCCACCAGCUGGAGUCCAGUUCCACUUUGACAUGGAGCAGAUGUAUCCUCUGGCCGCAGUGAUGCUGGAGGAAGACCAGCUGCUCAAUAUCAUGCGCUUUGAUCUCGUCCCCAAACAUGUGAAGGAGGAGGUGUUUUGGAGGAACUACUUCUACCGAGUCUCUCUGAUCAAGCAGUCGGCUCAGUUGACAGCGCUGGCAGCCCAGCAGAAGGAUGAGCAAGUAUCCAGCGUGUCCCCCAACGAUGUGGUGCUUACAGACAAUGUCCGACCAAAAACUCCGCCGGUCUCCAUUAGUGACAUGAAGAAGACGCCGCAUGAAAUAGAAGAGGAGAUCUCCACCAGCCCUGGCGUCUCCGAGUUUGUUAGUGACGCGUUCGACUCAACGGCUAUCAAUCAGGAGGACCUGAGGAAAGAGAUGGAGCAGCUGGUGCUGGACAAGAAGGAGAGCACAUCCUCUCCAGAAGAUGAGUCAGCCGACUGGGAGAAGGAGCUGCAGCAGGAGCUGCAGGAGUACGAGGUGGUGACGGAAUCAGACAACCAAGGGGAACACUGGGAUCAGGAGAUCGAGAAGAUGCUGCAGGCAGAGGACAGCUAGACUGUCAGCCUCUCGCACAUGAAGAUGCUUUGAGUUAAUGGUGGAGGAGAGAAAAUAUAGCUUCGACUGCAGAGUAGAGAAUGUGUAAUCUAAAGGAAUAUAAAGCGUUGGUGAAACAACAAUCUAUAUGGAAACAUCCUUAUCCAGGUUUCAGUUUUUUCUUUCGUCAUUCAGCCAUACUUCAAGUGAGCCACAGAGGGUGCUCCAGUCCACGUUUUACUUUUGUAACGCACUUCUGUCCACUCACAUCUGUUUCCUUUUCUGGUGAGAUGUACAGUGAAAUAUUGAUUCUAAUCGAGUAGAGUUUAAUGUAAAAUUUGCAUUCAUGUAAAUAAAAUCACUACACAUG